CAAAAACAUGUCUUCAUAACUCACUCACUCAUUCACUCUUCUUUUCUUUCUUCCUUCCCAUAAUGUCUGUAUCAAAUUAACAGGAGAGUGGUUGUUGACGAGAGGUCACAACUCAGAGGUUGUACAGUCACAGAUUGGUUUACGUGUUCUUCCAACACAACAGUGUUUCCUCUCAUGUUUUGAUGCCUCGAUUUGACACACCGAUUUCGAUAUGUCUCUGCACUGCACGCUCUCUCUCUUUCUUCACCUCCAAUUAAUCAUCCUCAUUAUGCUAUGCUAUGCUAUUCUAUGCUAUGUCACACCCCAACAUCCCUUUUCUUUUCUUACCAUCUCAAUUUUUUUCUGCAUCAACUAUCAUAUGUCUAUGUAUAUAUAUAUCUAUGGCAUACUGAAUUGAAUGAUUACAACGAUGAGUCGAGGCUAAACUAGUAGUGUGAUGUGAAUGGUAUUUGUGAUUUUGUGUGUUUAGUUUGAUUAGGUGAUGGUUGAGGAAAUAAGAAGAAGAAGCAUGUGAGACUUUUUGGGGGUCAGAAGGAUGGUACAGAAAGGAGCAUAUUGGUGUGUGGUGGAGCCUAAUAUGAAGAAAAGAGUGACUUUAUGUUGUACUUGGUGCAGCAAUAUCCCCAACCACGACCAGGGUGUUAGCAAAUUCCAAAGAGAAAAAAGGGUGUGCGUGUAGUGGCUAAUGGGGACUUAUAGAGCUGAUGAGGAUUACGAUUACCUAUUCAAGGUUGUGCUGAUUGGGGACUCUGGCGUGGGAAAAUCCAACAUUUUGUCGAGGUUCACCAAGAAUGAAUUCUGCGUUUUAUCGAAGUCCACCAUUGGGGUUGAGUUUGCAACCAGAAGCAUAACGGUGGAUGAUAAGGUUGUCAAAGCUCAGAUUUGGGACACUGCUGGCCAGGAAAGGUACCGAUCGAUCACGAGUGCAUAUUAUCGAGGAGCUGUUGGUGCUUUGUUGGUAUAUGAUGUUACACGGCAUGUUACAUUUGAGAAUGUGGCGAGAUGGUUCAGGGAGCUGAGAGAUCACACGGAUAACAAAAUUGUUGUGAUGGUUGUUGGGAACAAAGCAGACUUGCACCAUCUGCGAGCAGUUUCCGUGGAAGAUGCUAAAACUUUUGCAGAACAGGAAAGAACUUUUUUCAUGGAAACCUCUGCCCUUGACUCCACCAACGUUGAAAAUGCCUUCACAGAACUGCUCACACAGAUCUACAAUGUUGUGAGCACCAAGACCCUUGAAAUCGGUGACGAUCCAGCCGCAUUACCAAAAGGACGGACCAUAAAGGUUGGCUCUCGUUAUGAUGUAUCAGAUGAGAAGCAGAAUGGAUGCUGUUCUGCUUGACCAUGCACCAAACACCUAUCUAUUUUUUACUUCAACCCUAUGUUCUGUUCAUAUCCUAUGUAGAGUUCAGCCAUAAAACAUGAAAAUGGCUGUCCGGAGAAAAUUACAAUCUCAACUUUCAGAUAUGUUCAUAGAUUUCAAAUGUUAAGAAAUAUUUUGGUUGUUGUUUCA